AUGGUGGCCGCUUACCCGCUAGAGAGGCCGUUCCGGCGGGCCCCGGGGCAUGCCGGGAUGGGGCCGCCUCUCGUUGACCUCCGCCGAGCCGCCAUGGCGGUGCCGCCGGUCGUUGUCCUCCUCCUCCUCUUGCUGGUGGUGGUGAUGGCGGCGGCGGGAGGCGGCGCGGCGCCCGCCUGGGACGCGGCCGGUUACCUGCUGUACUGUCCCUGCAUGGGCCGGUUCGGGAACCAGGCCGAACACUUCCUGGGAGCCCUGGCCUUCGCCCGAGCCCUCAACCGGACCCUGGCCGUGCCGCCGUGGAUCGAGUACCGCCACCACCGCCCGCCCUACACCAACCUGCACGUUCCCUACGCGGAGCACUUCAAGCUGGAGCCGCUGCUGCGGUACCACCGCGUUAUCAGCUUGGAGGCGUUCAUGGAGAAGCUGGCGCCCGUUCACUGGCCUCCUGGCAAGCGAGUGGCUUACUGCUUCGAAGCGGCGGCUCAGAGGAGCGCUGACAAAAGCACUUGUCCCAUGAAGGAUGGAAAUCCAUUUGGUCCCUUCUGGGAUCAGUUCCAAGUGAAUUUUGAUAAGUCUGAGCUCUUCAAGGGAAUCUCCUUCAGUUCUGCGUACAAGGACCAUUGGAUCCAAAGGUUUUCACCCUCUGAGCACCCUGUCCUCGCCUUACCUGGAGCUCCAGCCCAGUUUCCAGUCUUAGAGGAGCACCGGCCCCUCCAUAAGUAUAUCGUGUGGUCUGAUGACAUGGUGAAGAAAGGAGAAGCCUAUAUUCAUUCUCUGCUGGUCCGGCCCUACGUAGGAAUUCAUCUGAGGAUCGGCUCAGAUUGGAAAAACGCUUGCAAUAUGUUAAAGGACGGGACGGCCGGGCCGCACUUCAUGGCUUCGCCUCAGUGCGUGGGCUACGACCGAAGCGCUGCGGUCCCUCUUACCAUGGACAUGUGCCUGCCAGACCUCAAAGAGAUCAAGCGUGCUCUCAAGCUCUGGGUGGAAAAGACAGAAGCUAAAUCUGUUUAUAUCGCUACUGAUUCUGAGCCCUACACGACGGAAAUACAGCAGUUCUUCCAAGGAAAGAUCAAGGUUGUAAGCUUGCAGCCAGAAGUGCCUCAGAUUGAUUUGUAUAUUCUUGGCCAGUCCGAUCAUUUUAUCGGGAACUGUGUCUCUUCGUUUACUGCCUUUGUGAAAAGAGAGCGCGACGUGCAUGGAAAACCCUCUUCGUUUUUUGGCAUGGACCACCCACCAAGAUUGCGGGAUGAAUUCUGACCAAAAGAGGAACAGGCUCCGUAGUUCUCAGGGCUCUGAGCCUGGGACCUUGCCGAGGGACCGCUCGGUGCUAACAGUGUUCUGCGUGCAGAGCACACUGCCAGGCUGCCGCAGACCUGCUUCAGCCCUGUGAUCCUCCUCACAGUCACUUCUAGACUGUUCUGACUGACUUCUCCUGUAUUUCCAGCGUGAGGUCAGGCAGAAAAGAAAUUUUGAAUCAUGUAGUUUAUAGGAAACUAUAAACUAUAUAUAGUUUUUAAGAUGUAGUUUAUAUAGUUCUCCAUUCUCACUAUUUGGGGUCCACCAGCAAUCAUGAUGAAGCAGCUGCUUGGAUUUCCGCUUCUCCGUUUUUUUUUUUUCUCCGUUAAAUUUAAAUUUUACUUGGAGAUGUUGUGAAGCUUUUUGUCCAAAACUGACCAUAAGUUCUUUUUAAGUGCAAAGUAUUGUCAGGAAUAUCACGGUCCCUGGAAAGGGAGUGUAAGGUAAAGCUCAGGACUGGAAAUUAGCUCUGGGUUUUAUCGAGUUCCGCUGUUGCCUUACUAGAACCACGUCACCUCAGUGCCUCGGUUUCCAUUCCCCUGUCAAAAGAGAUUUCAUACCCGCUUCUCAGUGGUGCCGUGAGGCACCCGGAUCUCUUCAGUGGUGCUAGAGAAGCGCAGCGGGGGCACGUUUUAAUGUGGCAGCUGCCUCUUCAGCCCGUCUUUGUGUGGAACAGGGAGACGGCGUUUGCAGGGACACAGGCGGGGAGAUCUUUCACAGCCAGUCGAGAGUUGGAGAUGUAGGGCUUGUAGCUUCGUAGCUGUUGGAGGUCUGUGGUAGGAAUGAAACUGGUUUUGAGCUAAGACUUUUAAAGUAGCUGUAGUGGGGUUGGUGUACGUUGUACCUAGGUCUGUGUUAAUGGUUUCUGGAUUUUGUCUUAUUUUUGUACUUUGUAAAAUAACCCCUCUGACAGCAGAACCCUUGUCUGGGGGGGUAGCUCCCGGUGGAGAUAACUGUGGGAAGUGUUAGCCGACGGUGAAACAGCAGCCCAAAAAACCUUCGUCUGGCCCAGCACAGUUUGGUGCUGGGAACAGCGAUAAUCCCGGUGUGGUGAGACUCAGCUUGACCAAUGCCUUUUGGUACUCCUGUGAUGUUGUUUUUUUUUUUUUUUUGUCCAAAGACUGAGUACAGAAUUUACUGUUCCUUUUUUAAAAAUGCCACUUAGGUGAGUCUGUGGUACCAGGGCUGGCUGCCUCUGGUGCGCUGCUGCGGUUUAAACAAUGCUGUCUCAGAGUGUUUAUGAGGUUUUAACUCUAAAUGUCUUUUUGGUGGUGGGUUUUUUCCUCCUUGGAAAUGUUCCUGAGCUUUCAAGGAGUUUUGAAGGCUCAAGGGGGUGAGCAAAAGAGGGCUAAAUGAGGAGGUACCCCAAGUGUCAGGGUGGCAAAGACUCAUCUCUGUUUCCUCAGCGCUGGCUUCCAGAAAUGAUGGGAUUUGGUGGUUUUUGGGGCCUCUGGCCGCCUCCUGGCACGGGCCCAGGGGAGCUGGGCACCUGCCCGCUCCUCGGUGGUUCACUCGGCUCCGUGAUCUUGGAUGAUGCCGUCGGGGCUGCCUUGCCUCGUUACGGAGCAAGGGCGGCCUUUCCGCAUCGUAUUGGGAACACAGUGUGUUAAGAGAAAAUGUUUGGGGUUUUUUUUUAAUUAAAAAAAAAAAAAGGUAUUUUUUGUAAUAAUAAAAACCUGAUUUUGUAUUCGCUCAUA